GUCAGUUGUAUUUGUGUUCGCGCUGCGAUCUGUCGCACUUUGAAGUCGCCACCGCCGUUGAGAAAACCUAAAUUUGAGCUCCAUUAUUCCGAUCACAUCCUGUGUAGCGGAAAAAGCUGAGCGUUCGCAACCGUUUGUAGCCACGUCGAGUUUACCAGAAAAGAAAACUAACGAAUAUUACCAGAUGAUGGCAAUGUCACGCCGCUUGGGAUGGCAUGUUGUUAUUGUUCUCACGGCUUGCUUGGCGGGCUGUGUGUCCCUGUCGGAGUUCAACGAAGGCCGCAGUCCAAUCGUAACUGGAAAGCCAUCCCUGAUUCGGGCGGAGCUCCGCUUUGGCCGUAACCUGGAUCCCUCCAAUGUGCGAGUGGUAAAUGUCAAGUCCAGCAAGGGCGACGAUGUCGAAAUUUUGGUCGGCAAGAACAGCCGCAAAGCGCGAGCUGAGAACGCUGCUGGCUCCUUCUUUGUGCGAAGCGCUGACGUCAAGCGGCUUCUAAGUCCACCCAAGAGCAAGUCCAGUGGUCGCCAGCUUAGCUUCGAACACAGCCCGGCUUUGCUGAAGCAAAGUGAGCUGGCCCAGCAGAUAGGCUCCUAUCGGCAGCGCAAGGAAGAGGCGGAGCAGCGCCAAGUCAAACUUAUCCAGCUGCAGCUGGCCAAGGCGCAGAGUAAGGCGGAGGAAUACCAGGCCGCGCAGGGAGAAUCCCGCAGGGGGCGUCAGUUUGCCACAGACGUGUCCUGGCAACCCGCUCGUUCCCCCGUCCAGUUCCCAACCUCUUCAGUCUCACGCAAAAACUUAUCUUUGGCGGCAGACCGCCAAUGGCAAUCUUUCGGUACGGAAUCUGUGGAUACACUUCCAAGGAUGCAGCGAUUGGGGCUGGGAUCGGCGGUCAGCUUUCCCAGGGACUUGGAGUUUGCUGCAUCCGACCUCCAUGAGUACAGGGACAAUAGAGCCUACGCCAACAGUGGGACGAGCCACGGAUACAGGCCGCAAAAUCUUAUUACCAAGCACAACUACAACACAUUGCCGCAGAAGACCAAGUACGUGACCUACAUGCCGCACUCCGUGGUGGUGACGGCCAGCGCAGGAGUCGCCACACCCAACAACACUCGACGUCCAGGGCAAACUGGAGGGUACGGGAGCCCACACCACAAUCCCAUCGGCCAGAGCACCCACAGCGUCGUGGACGGUCCCGCUGUGACGCUGAUCGAAGGCGUCCGAGUGCCGGACAGCGCCGAGGACAAAGUGAAGACCUGGCGCAAUGCUCGCGUCCUGAAUAACCAGUUGGUGCCAUAUCCAGAGGGUUACACGCCGCCGAGGGCUCAGAUGCCCAGCUUCGACCGAUAAUUGCGUUAGUUGUGAACCAAAUCGACGGGUGUUGGUGCUCAACGGCUAAUUAUAUUUAUUGAUUUGAUUAUUGUUAAGCUAUUUAUAAAAGUUGAAUUAAAGUUG